CUACAGAAUUGUAGGCUGAUAUACAGCCAACACUGUAGGUGGCAGCAUGCACCUAUAAUAUUUUUUUGUGGACCGUCAUAAAAACCAAAGAAGAAAAGUAAUGAAUACGUCACAUAAACACAUGACAGUUUCGACUUUUUUUGCGUUCGAGAAGAAAAGGCGGUUGUCUGCGGUUUCAAAUAUUUUUGGCAGUAUGCUGUGCUGUGGCCCCAAACAACAAAUUGUUUGUGCAUUCAAAAUAACACAUUUUGAUCAAUUGCAACAUGUCUAUUAAGUCUCAUCUGCACAAUAAUGUAACGUAGCAUUUUGCAGCAUUAGCCUAUAAACAGGAAUCAAUUACUUCUGAGACGUUUAGGAACAAAUAUAUCUACAUCUCCCACUUUGUUUUUUAUUCACAUGAUAUGUACGACGAAGUGCAUAACAGUACAAUAGGCUGCUUAUGUGCUUCUCAACAUUGUACAGCAUGCACAGGGACGUCGGCCAUUAAAAUUGCCCUACAGGAGUCCCAGUUUUUAAUUGCUGGGAUAUUCGGUAUCCGCUCUUUUCAGGAGGAAUCUUAGCAAAUGCAAUAUAUGGUGGUUAUAGCUGUUAUUGUCCAAGUAAUAUUAAUACAUAGUUAUUUGGUUGUGUUCUUGUCAUGUAGGUAACAGAUUACGUGACGUUUCGAAUUUAGCAUAGUAGUAUCAGGGGGUGGGUUUGCCAGCCAGGCUCUACCUUGGACAGCUCUCACUGCUGUUACCAGGCAGACAGUUCCAACAUGGCAGCAACGGGGAACGCAGAAGAGACGCAGUUGCAAGAGAUGGAGGAAGAGGCAGGGAUGGAAAGAGAAAUGGAUUCAGAUGAAGAGGAGGGUAUGGGAAUCGAAAAUUCAGACGAUGAAGAAGACGAUUCGUCAGAAGAUGAUAAAGAGAAUGAAGCCGAAAUUCAGCGUUUGGAGGAGCAGCUGUCCAUCAAUGCUUUUGACUACAACUGUCAUGUGGACCUCAUAAAACUCCUGAGGCAGGAGGGGGAACUGCCUCCACUGCGUAAGGCAAGGCAGAAGAUGAGUGAGCUCUUCCCACUGACUGAAGAGAUAUGGCUGGACUGGCUCAAGGAUGAGAUCCGCCUAACCGAGGAGGAGCCGAACCGGGAGAAAGUCUACGAGCUCUUUGAGAUGGCUGUGAAAGAUUAUAUCUGCCCUGAAAUCUGGCUGGAGUAUGCCCAGUACUCUAUCGGGGGCAUGGGACUGCCUGGUGGGAUGGAGAAGGUGAGGUCCAUCUUCGAGAGAGCCCUGACAGCCGUGGGGUUGCACAUGACCAAGGGGGCGACUGUGUGGGAGGCCUACAGGGAGUUUGAGAACGUCAUACUGGCAACUGUUCAGCCUCCCCUUGGCAGUGUCCCCACCUGCGAGCAGCAGGAGCUUCUGAACGCUCAGCUCGAACGCAUCCACACUCUGUUCCGCCGCCAGCUGGCCAUCCCCUUAAUGGACAUGGAAGGAACAUAUGCAGAGUAUGAGGAGUGGUCUGACCAGGGGGUGUCUGAUACAGUCUCCCAGAAGUACAAGCGGGCCCUGCAACAGAUGGAGAAGAGCAAGCCUUAUGAGGAGACUCUGAUGGCAGCCGAGCCACCCAAGCUAGCAGAAUAUCAGACCUACAUUGACUAUGAGCAAAUGGAGGGUGACCCGGCACGGAUCCAGAUCAUCUUUGAGCGGGCACUGGCAGAGAACUGCCUGGUACCAGACAUGUGGGCCAAGUACACCAAGUACCUGGAUCGUCAACUAAAAAUCAAAGACCUGGUCCUGUCCUCUCACGACCGUGCGGUCAGGAACUGCCCCUGGACCAUGGGCCUGUGGAAGAACUACCUGCUUGCCCUGGAGAGGCAUGGGGCCGACCACCAAACUAUAUCAGACAUUUUUGAAAAGGCCCUGAAUGCCGGAUUCAUACAAGCCACAGAUUAUGUUAAUAUCUGGGAAGCAUACCUUGAUUACCUGAGGAGGCGCGUCGAUUUCAGCAAAGGUGAAAGCACCUUAACAUUGGAGUCGAGCAGAGAGCUGGAGGAGCUGCGGGCAGCCUUCACCCGUUCUCUAGACUAUAUGAAACAGGACGUGGAAGAGAGAUUUAGUGAAAGUGGAGACCCUUCCUGUACCAUCAUGCAGGUCUGGGCAAAGAUAGAGGCCCUGCAUUGUAAGAACAUUCAGAAAGCUAGAGAACUGUGGGACAGCAUCAUGACAAAAGGGAAUGCCAAAUUCGCCAACAUGUGGCUGGAGUACUAUAACCUGGAGAGGUCGUACGGAGAUGCUCUCCACUGCAGGAAAGCCCUCCACAGGGCCGUCCAGUGUACCGCCGACUACCCUGAGCAUGUGUGUGAGGUACUGCUCACCUUUGAGAGGGUUGAGGGGUCUCUGGAGGACUGGGAUGCAGCGGUGCAGAAGACUGAGAUAAGGCUGAACAGAGUAAACGAGCAGAGGGCCAAGGUGGCAGAGAAAGAGGCCCAUCUGGUCCGACAGGAAGAGGAGAAGACUGAACAGCGGCGGAGGGCCAAGGCAGACAAGAAGAACCAAAAGAAGGGACAGAAAGGCAGCAGGCCUGGGGAGAAGAGGAAGGCAGAGGAUGAGGAUAACGAAGAUGAGUGGGGGGAGGAAUCGGAGCAACCUCCAAAGAGGCACCGAGGGGAGGGCAACCAUGGCAGCUUCAGGGGGGGAGGUGCUGAGGAGUUCAUGGAGACAGAGAGUGGACUGUUUGGGAGGAGAGCCCCCCCUUGCCGCAGACAGGAACCCCCUGGUGCUAAGAGGGGCCAGCAGAUAGCACCAGACACCGUACGGAAGACCCAGGAAGACAACCCCGAACAACGCAAGGAUGACUGCAGUGUGUUUAUCAGCAACCUGGCCUUCAGCAUGGAGGAUCCAGAGAAGAGACUGAAGGAGUUGUUUGAGUCCUGUGGUCCUGUACAGUCAGUGCGCCCCGUCUAUGCUGCCAAGGGCUUCAGAGGGUACUGCUACGUACAGUUUGAGGGCAAGACGUCCGUGCCCGAGGCCCUGAAGAUGGACCGGCGUGAGGUCGACGGCAGGCCAAUGUUCGUAUCGCCCUGUGUGGAUAAAAACAAGAACCCUGAUUUUAAGGUGUUUAAGUACAACACAAACCUGGAGAAACACAAGAUCUUUAUCUCGGGCCUGCCCUUUUCCUGCACCAAGGAGCAGCUGGAGGAGCUGUGCAAGGAUCAAGGCACCAUCAAAGACAUCCGCCUGGUCACCAACCGCUCAGGCAAACCCAAGGGUCUGGCGUACGUGGAGUUUGAAGAUGAGGCUCAGGCCUCCCAGGCCGUGCUGAAGUUGGAUGGCACGGUACUACAGGAACACACACUCUCUGUUGCCAUUAGCAACCCACCUCGCAGAAAUGCAGCCGACAAGCCUGACUUCAGCAGGCCCAUGGGAGCCAUGAUGCCCCGGGCUAUGGUCUAUGGAUCGAGGGGAAAAGGGCGAACCCAACUCUCACUAAUCCCUCGUUCCCUACAUCGGCAGACUGGAUCAGAAAGUAAAGCAGAAAAUGGGACUGCACCUAAACCCACAGGGGGUGCAUCCGGAGACGCUGGGUUUGAAGCACAGGCCAAGCCCAUGUCCAAUUCAGACUUUGCCAAAUUUCUUCUCAGAAAGUGAAAAUAAUCAAAUGACUGCCUUUUGUAUGGAAAGCCAUCUUGGGUCCUUGAGAAGAAGAAAUGGCAGAUAUUGUGCUGUGUUUGACUCCCCUUUAAUCACUCCCAUGGCCUCAUUCUCCUUGUCACUUUUUGUGAGAAAGCCUUAAUCUCCCUGGCUCCUUCGACUGGCCCCAAACUCCAUAUUACCAUCCUUUUGAACAAUGAUUGAUUGAUAUUCCUUUUGAAAAAGUGUGAGUGACCAAUUUCGGCUUGCUUUUUUUUAGAUUGGAAAGGGUGUUUUUAUAGAUUUGUGUGUAAAUUAUUUUGUUCUGAAUUGAGAAAAGGGUUCUGAGUUUAGUAUUUUUUUUAACUGCUAAAACAACCCAGCUUGUGAAUUAUGUUUCUUGUUUUUAAAAAGUAUAUGCAAGAGCUUGACAUUUGAGAUGUGUUAUAGAUUAUGUAUUACAACAAUGAAAAUAAUUUCCCCUGUUUGUUUAAGUUUCACACAUUUUGAAUAUCAUUUUUGUGUACCUAGAGCGAUAUUCUAUCGAACCCUGGGGUAAUUUCAUGUUUAUCUGAGCUGUUCGCCGUUCAAGCAGGCAGAAAUACAGCCGGUAUGAUGCGUUUUGCAUCAGAUGCACAAAAGCAAUAUAACAUUCAGAAUGGGUGAAUCUUUCCUCUAAGGUAUCUUCAGAUAUCAACAUGCCACUAAAAUCUUUUGCGUCUGUUACAGAGCAGCUAACAUGCAACGAUAUUUGUUCCCAAACAGUGAAAGACUAAUGCUUCGCUUUACAGAAUAUUACCUUAAAUGGCAGUUGUACAAAUAAUUUAUUUGCAGAUGUACUAAUUCCUUACUUGUUCUGUGCUCACAUUUACAAUGUAGUUUUCAAAAGUCUCUGUUCAUAGGAAAGGCAUGUAUCAUCUAUAGCUGUUAAAAUCCUUUAAUGUACUAAUCCCUUACUAAAACUUUUAUUGCUGGCACUAUAAUUUAACAGGUAGUCUGUGUGCAUGUCAUUAACCCAGCGCCCCAUUUUGUUUGCCUAUCAUGUUUAGGCUGUCUUACCUGAAAUGAUUGAAGGGAAGACAUUUUUGUUGUACUAUUGUAUGUCAUUUUCCUGAGAUUGUUUCCAAUUUACUUCCAGGUAACUUGGUUAAGGUAUUUAAUAAACUAUCUGUGAAAGUCUUGAUGGGUAGGGAAUGAAUAACUGACAGUUUGGAGAAGCCCUAGGCUUUUACUGUCAUCUUAGUAUUGUAAUGAGUACGGUCCACAAGUGAAUCAACUGUUGGGAGAAAAAUCUAUGCAGCUGUUUGAUUGCAAGAGCCCUCCAUGCCCAUGUAUCAAAUCAGCAAGUGAUAACAUCAGGGGAAUGUAGGUGUAUACUUAAUUCAGAACUGUCUCCUUUUCCUUUCAAAUCAAUCGACAAGUGAUCCUGUUUGGAUGAGUGGGGAAUGUCAAAUGUGUGUUCAGACUCCCAAUGGUUGGCCAUAGUUUUGUACGUUUUGAGAAUUAUUAGCUAUAUAUGUUCUAUCACCACAGUGGCCUAAUCCAGGGUUUCCUAAACGUCAUCCUGCUUCCCCCCGGUGCACAUUUGUUUUUUCUCUAGCACUACAUAGCAGAUUCAAUAACCAACUCAAGCUUAGAAUCAGCUGUAUAGUGCUAGGGAAAAAAACAACGUGCACCCAGGGGGGCCCCCAGGACCGAGUUUGGGAAACCUUGGCCUAAUCUAGUUAGACUACAAAUGUUUGAUCUUUAAAAGUCACUUUCUGUUUCGUCCAAUACAAAAAUAUGGGGUGUGUGGUCAUUUUAAAAUGUUGUCAUGGUGUUUAAAUUUGUUCUAAUAAUAAAAUAAACUAGUGUUUUUUUUUAACUAAAUUAUCAAUGCAACUUUCUGAGAUUGUAUGUGGUCUAUUUUUGUUCAGUGAUUUUAUUUACUAGUUAUUUGGAUGUUGUAAAAUUGCCAUCUUGUGGUUUUGUUGCUGUUUUGGCCUAAAGUUUAUUAAAGCAAUUCAAAUAA